UCAGAUUCAUUUCUGCUGGUGCUGCUGGAGGCACAGCACAUUGCACGAGCAUAACGUGACGCACACAGAGCCGGGACACGCAUGGCUAUCAAAUGGAUUAAUUUGACAUAUACUUGUGAAGUCUAACAGAGAAAGGACAAAAGAGCCACAAGGGCUCACAACCAUAUUGUUAAACUUGUUUGUCACACUGGCGGAAAAUAAAAAGAGAAACAUUCAUUCGGGAGCCGGCUGAUACCACGCUGAGCGGAGGGACUGGGAUUGACAGCACUGAGGAUGUGAAUGUUUUGGUUGAAAUUUGGACCGCUUUUUGACACACAGCUGCAGCAAUCAAGUGGAUCAUAAUCAUCGAGACGAGAGGCAAACGCACACAGAGAAAAAGGAAACGCGUGAGAAAGCCUACCAUGCACUGACAACAAGGAAUGGAAAGUAUCAGUGUGGAAACGGACUGGGAUGGGUUGGCCCUCUCCUCUCUGCUCGCAGCAGGAAGGAACAACUUCUCUUCCUCGUCUCUGCUUGUGUCUGAACUGAACUCCCUCAACAGUUCUCACAGCGGGGGGUCCUACUUCGGGAUUUUUCCUGACAAUGGCUCCACCACAACGCCGCACACACUGCCUCAGCCCCAGCAGAGGGAUUUAGGCCUGGCCCGGGCAGAGAUAGCAGUGCUCGGUGUUGUGUUGGCCCUUACCACUCUGGGGAACAGCUUUGUGCUGUGGGUGCUUCUGAGGAGGAGGAAAUAUAAUGCACCCAUGCACGUGUUCAUGUUCAACCUGUGUGUGGCUGACCUGGUGGUGGCCUUCUUUCAGGUUCUUCCCCAGCUCAUUUGGGACAUCACAGAGAAGUUUCAGGGGCCUGACUUUCUUUGCCGGUCCAUCAAGUACUUGCAGAUUGUGGGCAUGUUUGCUUCCUCUUACAUGAUAGUUGCCAUGACGGUAGACCGGCACCAGGCCAUCUGCUGCCCUUUGCAGGCCUACAGAGGGGGCACAAUGUCUCGCUGGAACACCCCUGUCAUGGUGGCCUGGGGCUUGGCACUGGUCCUCAGCAUACCACAGGUUUUCAUCUUCUCUCGCUCAGAAGUGGCUGCAGGAGAGUUUGAGUGCUGGGGUCACUUUGCUGAGUCGUGGGGGCUGAAGGCCUACAUCACCUGGAUGACCAUAUCGGUCUUCCUCCUGCCUGCCUUCAUUAUUACCAUCUGUCAGAUAAGAAUCUUCAGAGAAAUCCACAAUAACAUCUAUCUAAAGUCAGAGAGAAUAGUGAUGGCUGAGUUAAAGAAGAAAGAAAUCUUCUUCCGCUUCCACAGCUUUAAAAAGGAGGAUGAGCGGGGCAGGGAUAGGGGGAGACGGUCGUCCGGAGGAGGGUGCAGGGAUGGCAGAGGAGGUCAACUCCUAGAGGGUGUCAAUAACAACCCUCACAAUAACACCCAUGGCAGCCAAGCAGGAGAGUGUUAUGACUAUGUACCAUCGACUGUCCAGUACAGUAGCAGUGGUGAACAUGUGACAACAACAUCGCCUACACGGCAGCAAACAUUGACCGGCUCAGAUUGCCAGGAAUCGUACACGCCCUACGAGCUGACCUCAGGAUCACCUCGCUGCUCCCUCGACUACGCACCCCCACCCCUUCCAGCCACUCCACCGCCAAGCAUCACCAAAGCCAUGUCUAAGACUGUGAGAAUGACCCUGGUCAUCGUACUGGUCUAUACUAUCUGCUGGUCACCUUUCUUCAUCGUCCAGCUUUGGGCGGCCUGGGACCCCAACCCUCCAGCACAUGGAGUGGCCUUCACUAUCCUGAUGCUGCUGGGGAAUCUGAACUCCUGCACCAACCCAUGGAUUUACACAGCUUUCUCCAGCAGCAUGUCUAGAGAGCUGCAAAACCUGCUGCAGUGCCGGACACGAACCGACCGCCGGGGCUCCCUGCCCGACGACUCCACCACCACACACACCUCCACCACCAAGGACAGCCUGAACUGACAAAGACUGAUUAAGCAGAUUCACAGAGACAUGUUUGAAAAGACAACUAGGGUGCACACAGGUCUGUUGCAGUGAUGUGCUGCAGUGCACAGCGUUGCAGCCUGAGAACAGAGUACUGACCUCAACCACAUGUUUCCAACAACAAAGGACAGCUACUGUCAACAGGACCUCCAUCUGUAAUCACCGGUCCUUUCCACCACAGCAGAGAGGAAGGGUGUCAUUGAAGAUGUCAACACCAUUUUAUGAAGGCACUGUGAAAGAUACAUUGGCUGUCAGUGACAGCAUCUGUAAUGCAAAAUGACCUUGAAAGUAAAGAGAGUUUUUACCUCGGCUGUGGUGGAGGAGGACCCUGUGCAUUGAUUUAUACAAAACUCUUUCCCUGCUCAGUCAGAGCAGAGCAGCAGGAAUGCAAGGGGUGGAUCAGCGCAUUAAUGGCCUUACGGCACGCCUAAUGUACAAAGCAGCAGACAAAGCUGUGGGUGUAGAGAAAACAAAGCAGCAAGCUGAGGGAAGGAGAGAGACACACACAUGCAGACAGUAGGAGAAAACGAGACUGCUGUUGGAGUGAGAACAGACAGGGGAUGACAUGGAUGUUAGAUCCACAGGAGCAGACUUGAGAGGGCUGUAGAAAAAAAUCUAAUAAUGUGAAGAAACGUUGUUGUAUCAAGGAAAGUGGAUUAGAGGUGGAUCCUUAAGGCUGAAUACAUAUCCACUCAGGAUGACUCCUGUUCAAAGAAACAGGGGUGAUUUGUUAGCAAGAUGGACAGAGAUUCGCUCAUGAAAAGUUAAGACACUGCCCCAUGAGGAACUGGGAAACCAUAUUAAUGCAGACAGCAAAAUACACAAACACAAACACACACACUAUAAAAACAUGCAGUGGCAGGAGGAAGAUUAAGCCUAGAAAAAUACAAAUGAUAAAUCCAGGUUUCUGCAACCAACCGGUACCCAAUUAUGUGAUUAUAUUUCGAAAACAGCAUCUGAGGUACAUAACAUUACCAUACUGUCAAGUUCUCCUGAAUGUACAAAACAAGAACAUGAACUUUAAUCAGAAGCCGCAGGAAGGAAAACAAACAGCAUUCCAUGCACAAUGAUGAACAAUGUAAAGUAUAUUUAUUGAAAACGUAAGGCACAUUAAAUAUUAAUACAUGUUGUGUAAGGUCAAUGUUGAUUGUGAACCGUACUAUUUGUAAAUGUCUAAUAUGUGUAGCAGAGAAACAUGAGGAUGUCAAACCAAAGAUUUUUUAAAGCUCGACUGUAGUUUUCAGGUCUUAAGAGUUAUCACAAGGCUUCAACAGAUAAGACAGAUUAGAGGGGAAUAAGAGCUGCUGUCAUUAAGACCCAUGUCAGUUAAAGAAAAACUCCAUGUCGACAGAGAAAAUACUUCCAGUCAAACCAAGUGCCUGUAAUGUCAGAGGGGCCUGAAUGAUCUCUGAAUGAUGUCAGCCGUGUUAUUCUUAGACGAAGCUACCACCAGAGCGGAAUCAUUGGUUGUAUUACAAUACGAGCCAUGUGUUCUUUUAUCUUUUUAUUUAUUGUUGUAUAAAUUAAAAUAUACAAACAUAUAUAUGUUUCAGUUAAUGGUACUGCCUUAUGUUCAUGUACAGUUUUUACCUUUUUUUCCUGUGUAAAGAGAAAUGUAUUAUGCCCCUGAACUGCAUGUCAGAGUUAAAAUAAAUAAAUAACUGACAUUUUGUUUUAUAAGAUUACAUAAGCAACUGUACCUAUAAUAUAUGUGAUAACUAUAUGUGUGCAUAAAAUAAGAUUAUGAUUUAAUGUUUAUUGUCAAACAAUUCAUUUCUCAUAUGAAGUCCCUGUACAUAGUACUGUGUUCUCUUGAAUGUCUAAUUCCGCCAGACUCUGCAGGACAAUACUCCAUAGCCUUACACUUGGUUUAAAAACAUGUAGGUCCAAAAACUAAGCUUGCUAUGGGAUCUGGGAAACUGAAUCUGUCAACUAAUAAAACUAAUAAAUCAAUUUAAGUGUUGCAUUAAUGAUCCUUAUAAUUUGGAAAUACAGUAGAGGCUAAAAUGAGCAUAAAUCUUUUAAGCUGUUAAGCACGACCAUAUAAAUCUAAUCUUGACCAAAAAUGGGAGCAAUAGGUAUUUUUUUGUUGAAUUUUUGAUUUGUUUUCCUAAUUUCUCUCUCCACUUUCCACUCUUGUUUUCACUCACCCUGUGUAUUCAUUGUCUGUCACUUUCUCUUUGAAUCUUUGUCAGUCAAAUUAAAUACACUUUCAUCUUG